AGUCGCGAGCCCCCUGGCUCAAUGUGAAGCUCGGGUGGGCAGCGCUCCGCUCACAACGUAGCCGACAGGAGUGCUGUAUGUCUUUGGCCCAACUGCUGGGUAGCCGCUUUGUCCUAUUGUUCUUUGCGUGUCCUGCAUUUGCCAGCAAGCUGAGGAGUGGGUCACACAGUGCCUCCAAGACCGUCGAAGAAUUGGGAGUCCUGUGGGAACAUUGUGCAACUGAAGGCUCUGAGUGCUCAUGCAGUGGGCUGCUCCGCUUUGGUGAAGGAGAUCGUUGGGUUGCGCAGGGGGUGGCAGGCUCAGUGACGUGUGAUGUGCAGACUUUUUCUGGAGAUCCAGCAUUCAAUCGGCGGAAGGAAUGCUGGUGUGCAGUCACAGGACAGCGUCCUCAAAGUGCUCGUGCUGCCAUCGUCACUCUGAGCCGCCAUCCUCCAGACCUUAAGAAUUGGCUCAGGUACCACCUACGCCAUGCUGGAGUCGAUCAUAUCUUCGUCAAGUCAGAGGAUUCUCCUGAGACUGCGAAGACCAUUCGGCAGUUGUCAGCAGAGGAACAGGCCAAGGUCACGCAUUGGGAGUCCAAUAUGGCAAGUCUUCUUGGAGUCUCUGCUGACUCACGACCUCCAGAUGAUUACACAGAUUUACAGGCUCGGCAAGUUGCCAUGAUGGCCAAAGCCAAGCAAGCUUGCGAUGAGAUGGGUAUUGAUUGGCUGAUCCAUAUAGACGAUGACGAGAUACUAUACAUGCCACAACAGCGGAAGAUUGGGGACUUGCUGGCAGCUGUGCCCAGUGCUUUCAUUCAGGCUUACCUGCCAAAUGUGGAAGCAGUCUACAACUCACCUGAGGUGAAGAGCUGCUUCAUGCAGACGGACAAGGUCAACAUGAAUCGCUACACAUUUCAGUCCUACGCCAAUGGCAAGUCUGCUGUCCGCGUGGCACCAAAGAAGCAGGUGCGUCCUGCUGGUCCGCAUCUAUGGCGGGAUAUGUUCAAUCAAGAGUUGCCAUCAGUGCACAUGGACCAGGAGCCGUUUGGACCUCCGAUCAUGGUCUUGCACUACGAGUCAUGCCCUUUCUCAAGAUGGCAGGACAAGUUCUGGGAACUUGGCAACACUUCUCCAGAGAAGUUGAGUCAGAUUCCAUUUCCCUUCUAUCGCAAGUCCAUCAACAAGAUGCAGACAUGUAGGAGCAGUGAAGGCAAAGACCAGCAAGCGAUUUCCCUCCUUGGUUGUGACCAGGCCUCCCUGAUGCAACUUUGGAGCGAAUGGAAAACCCCAGCAAAUCCGGCACUGAAACUCGAGGACUUGAUGUCUAUCCGCAUUCCAUGGGAGAGCAUCCUGAGCGGCUGACAAAGAUUCGGCUGCAAGAACAUGGAAGUUCGGAUUUACCGAAGCUGUGCGCGCUGAUCGUUCCUUGGUACAAUUCUACCUUCCAGGCCUGCCCCUUCUGUUCUGAAUUGUUAUCGCAUGGCACGAGGCUCAAAACUCAAAACUGAAGGCCCAGCCGGAUCGCACAUUGCAC